GGGAAUUCGCGCGGGGCAUAGACCUGUAACCCUCUCUCCCUCGCGCAUGCGUAGCCCUGCAAAUCUCCCUCGCGUGAACGCUACCUACUACGUCAAGCCUCUCUCCCUCGCCUGGUAUUCAAAAGGGAAAAUCUCUCUCUCUCUAGAAACUCAGCAAUUAUCCAGAGCUCUCUUUCUCUCGCAGCUCACCAAAUAUCCAGAGCUCUCUCUUUCUAGAAGCUCAGCAAAUAUCCAAAGCUCUCUCUCUCUCUAGAAGCUCAGCAAAUAUCCAGAGCUGUCUCUCUAGAAGCUCAGCAAAUACCCAGAGCCUCUUUCCUCUUCAAAGUUCAAAGCUCAGCAAAUAUGCAGAGCUGCGAUCUGCUCUCCUCACAUAUGAAGCUUGGUUUGUAUCUUUAUCGGUUGUUGAAAGUAAUCAUCAAGCUUUAGUGAACACAUCACCAAGGCACACAGGGGAUAUUGUCGAGGACGUGGCUGUUAUGAAGGUAGAAGAAGUGGAGAUCGUAACCAAUAUCAAUAAGGUAUUCUUGGAGCAAAUCCAUCUUACCAUCAACCUCCUCAGUAAAGGAGUAUGCCACCUCGAGUAACUUGCCAGUAUUGUGGAAUACAUGAACAUAUUGCUAAAAACUGUUGGGACAGUAAAACUGCCCUAUCGUCCCACGAUGUGCUAGAGCAUAAUUUCAGUAAUCUCUCAGCCACUGUCCCAACAGAUCGUUCCUGGGUUAUGGACUCUGGUGCAACUGUUCAUAUGAUAGAUGACAACUUUCAACUUCGAGGAAAAAACACACUUGCAAGCUCUUAUCUCUUCUGAAGUUAUAGAUAAACCAUCUCAGCCACAUCACCCUCAUAAGUCAUCUCGUUACUCUGAUAGGUCUGAUCUACAACCUAUUUUCUCAGCAAACACUUCACCACCACCUUCCCGCUCUCAUACUCCAAACUUGGAUGCGUCUCUCACUAUACCACAUGAUUUACCUAAAAGACCUUUAGAUGUUUCACCUAUACCCCUACGCCGUACGUUUCGCUCAUCAUAACCUCCUAAGCAUCUUUUACACUAUCAGGCGUACUCUGCAACCAUUCCCUCUCGUGACAUUAACUAAGUCCAUAAAAACAAAAUACCCUAUUGAAAACUUUACCUCAAAGAGAUUUUCUCCCAAUCUUCAAGCAUUUGCAACACGAGUUUCUCAAAUUCCAAAACCAACCACCUAUGCAGAAGCUGCCUCUAACACUGUUGCCUCUGACACUAGGUGACUGAUCUCAAUGAAAGAAGAGAUUGAUGCACUUAAAAGGAAUCAUACUUAGGAAUUAGUGUCAUUACCUCUAGGCAAAAUUGUUGUGGGCUCAAACUACGUGUACAAAGUUAUGGUCCAAUGAGAAUGACUCAGUUGAAAGGUUGAAGUCUAGACUAGUGGUCAAGGGGUUUAGUCAGGAAUAUAAAAUUGAUUAUGAUGAAACCUUCAGUUCAGUUGUGAAGGCGCCCACUAUUCGAUGCAUCCUGGCUCUAUCAUUUAUGUUUAAUUGGAAACUCCAUCAACUUGAUAUCAAAAAUGCAUUCCUUCAUGCCGAUUUGAAAGAAGAAUUGUAUAUUCAACAAUCCAAAGGACUUGAAGAUCCCUUACAACCUCAUUAUGUCUGCAAAUUGAAAAGGACUAUCUAUGGACUCAAGCAAGCUCCUUGGGCAUGGUCAGUUGUCUACUCCAUCGUGUUGGUUUUCAAAGAAGCAAAGUUGACUGCUCCCUAUUUUUAAAAAGAUCAUCCUCAGCUCUUUGAUCGACGCCUAUGCGAAGUGUGGAAGAGUUUGUGAAGCUCGUCGAGUGUUUGAUAGAAUGGGUGAAAGGAACAUUGUUACUUGGAAUUCCAUGAUUGCCAGUUAUGCGAGAAACGGCUUUCUGGAAGAGGCAAUGUGUUUGCUUUAUGAGAUGAGUAGGGAAUUUGGGGCUUCUGUGAGUUCUUGGAAUUCUCUGAUUGCUGGUUGUUCUGAGGCCAAUGCUGAGCUUGUGCUUGAAUGCUUCGCUUUGAUGAGCUCAGCUUCGGUGAAACCCAAUCUUAACACGCUCAAUACCAUCCUCCCUUUGUUACCCACUUUUGCUUCUUUGGACCAUUGUCGUGAAAUCCAUUGUUUUGUGAUCAGGAAUGGCAUCCCAGAUCAUGGCAUUGUGUCUGUGCUUGUCAUCCUCUAUGCCCACCAUUGCUGCAUGGACUGUGCAUUACGAGUGUUCGAAGACAUUCAGUUGAAAAGCACAGCUGUAUGGAACACAAUGAUAGCUGGAUUUGUUGAUAUCAAUAGGCUUGACCAAGCUUUCGAAAUGGUUAGAGAGAUGAAGAGGCUUAGUAGUGAGAGGCCUGAUAGGUCGACCCUCACUCUGCUUCUUCCUGAAUUGCAUCGCCUAGGCACGCAGGCUAGCAAGCUCGGUGACUGCAUCCAUGCCUAUACUUAUCGUAAUGGUUUGGAGUUGGACACAUCAGUGUUCAAUGCUUUGGUUGCCAUGUAUGGAAGGAGCAGGCGCAUAGAGAUCUCCAGAAAAGUUUUUGAGAGAACUCAAGGGAAGGACAUUGUUUCUUGGAACACCAUGCUCUCAAAUUAUGUAAAUAGUGGAUAUUUCAAUCAAGCUUUCCACCUCUUCUCCCGAAUGCACACUGAGGAUGCAAGGCCUGAUGAGUUCACAAUUCCAUCAGUUCUUCAGUCAUGUGGACACUUUGCAUCAGUCCAAGGAGGUUCCUCUGUCCAUGCCUAUGCCUUCAAGGGAGGGUUUAUAGACGACUUGUGCGUAGAGAACUCCCUCAUAGAUAUGUAUGGGAAAUGUGGGUUCGUUGAGUUUGCAGAAAAGGUGUUUAGAGAGAUGCGACAAAGAGAUUUUGUGUCAUGGAAUGCCAUGAUCUCUUGUUAUGCCGCUAAUAAGCAUCCCAAUGAGACCCUCUCACUCUUUGAAAGCAUGCAAAACCAAGGCUGGAGACCAAAUGGGGUGACCUUUGUUGCCAUCUUAUCAGCAUGUAGCCGUGGCGGUUUCGUUGAUCAGAGCUUGGAGUACUUGGCCUUGAUGAGUAGCAAGUAUGGCAUUGAACCAGAUAUUGAGCACUAUGCUUGUGUGGUCGAUGCCUUAGGCCGUUCAGGUCAGCUUGAUGAGGCAUACGAGCUUAUCAUGAGUAUGCCCAUGGAGCCUGACGAUUGCGUUUGGGGUGCAUUACUUGGUGCCUGUAGAAUUCAUGAGAACGUUGACCUAGCUGAAAUAGCAGCGAGGCAUCUGAUAGAGUUGCAGCCUGAGCAUCCUGGGUAUUAUGUACUGCUUUCGAAUAUCUAUGCAGAUGCUGAGAGGUGGGGAGAUGUCGCGAGGGUUAGGGCAGCUAUGAAAGAGAGGGGAGUGAAGAAGUACCCUGGUUGUAGUUGGAUUGAGUUCGACGAUGGUGUCCAUAUGUUUGUAAAUGCAGACAAAUCCCAUCCACAAUUCGCUGAAGUAUAUUCCACCUUGAAUUGGUUGAGUGCACAUUUGAGAACCGCAGGUUAUGUGCCUGUUAUGGACUUUCAUUUGCAGGAUGCUUAAGAGAACGAAACAAUGGAUUCCUUUCUUCUUGUACGCUAAAGGCCUCAAAUCAAUUAACUGCACAUUUGAGAAUAGUGGGUCUUUAUUCCUGUUACAGACUUCAAGUGUGGGGAUGUUAAGAGAAUGCUGCUAUGGAGUCUGUACUUUGUGUAAACUGGUGCCACAAUAAAAUAAUUAGCCUUUACCAUUGGUUGAUAAUGUAGGGACAUAUACUGGACCAUCAAUCAAGUGAUGGCACAUUUGGGACAUAAUGUGCUGUAUCAUUGUUAUGGACUUUGUCUUGCAGCAUGUUAAAGGGUGUGAUCCAAUGAGUCCAA